AUGGGAAGGUCCUGUAAAGCCAAGAGAAUGAACGCGAAGAUUAAUCAGGUCGGAGAUGGAGAGACCUUCGAGAUGUAUCGAGGAUUCUUCAAGGUUGCUGUUUACGAUUUAAUAUCAGAUGAAUUUGCAAAAACACUUUUGUACGUUCAAGUACCUCGGUAUUACACGUGGGAUGCAGGUAGAAAAUGUUGGAAACGCCGAAUUCAAGGAUCUGCUGUUCUGGAUUGGCCUGGCGUUAAAUCUGGGGAUGCAUUAGGACGGGUCUAUACUGUCCACGUUAGCAACAUUGAAUGCUUUUGUUUGAGACUACUGCUACACCACGUGCGUGGGCCAACUUCGUUCAAUGAUCUCAAGAACUACAACGGUCAAACGUUUGUUACCUUCCGAGAAGCCUGUGAAACUAGAGGAUUGUUAGAGAAUGACAAUCAUUGGGACCCGACAUUAGAAGAGGCUGCACAAUGUAGAUCAGCACCUAAGGUGAGAGAUCUUUUUGCCAUUCUCAUAGCGACGUGUGGUCUUUCAAAUCCUCAGAUAUUAUGGGAAAAGUACCAAAAUGAUAUGUCUGACGAUAUUUUGCACAGACUACAACAAAAUAAUCCCAAUAUCACAUAUAAUGAUUUAGUAUAUAACGAGGCGCUAACUAAGAUUGAAGACCAAGUGAUGGCUAUAUCUGGGAAGACAUUAUCAGAUUUUGGAAUGAACCGGCCACAAAGAAUCGGAGAAGUCAGUGGUGAUUUAAUAAGAGAACUGGACUACAAUGUCUCUUCUUUACAGCAACAAAUAUCAGAGUCAGUUCCUCGAUUAAACACGGAACAAAAAUUAGUCUUUGAUAUUGUUGUGCAAAGAAUCUAUAAUGGUGAGGGUGGAUUGUUUUUCUUAGAUGCGCCAGGAGGCACUGGAAAAACUUUUUUAUUAAAUUUACUUUUAGCCCAAAUUCGCAAAAACAAAGGAAUAGCUGUUGCUGUAGCUUCCUCUGGAAUUGCAGCGACGCUGCUCGAUGGUGGCCGCACGGCACAUUCAGUACUUAAACUCCCAUUAAAUUUACAUCAUGAGGAAAUUCCAGUGUGUAACAUCACAAAAAACAGCGAUCGUGGCCGAAUGCUACAGCAAUGCAAGCUGUUGGUGUGGGAUGAGUGCACAAUGUCGCAUAAAAAAGCGAUCGAGGCGCUCAAUCGGACUCUGAAAGAUAUCAGAAGUAACCCGAGUUUAAUGGGUGGGAUGGUAGUGCUGCUUGCUGGUGAUUUUCGACAGACACUACCUGUCAUUACUAGAGGCACUCCAGCAGAUGAGAUAAAUGCAUGUUUGAAAGCGUCUACAUUAUGGGUGCAUGUAAAAAAAUUUUGUCUCACUAAAAACAUGCGAGUACAACUACAUAAUGAUACGCAAUCGGGGCAAUAUGCAGCUGCUCUAUUGAAAAUCGGUGAAGGUCGAAUGACUACGGACGCUAACGGCAUGAUUACAUUAAAUCAAGAAUUUUGUAAUGCUGUCCAAAACUUGGAAGAUCUUAAAAACAACGUCUAUCCCGGUUUAGAAUAUAACAUGAGGAAUAGAGAAUGGCUGUGUGAAAGGGAAAUAUUAGCACCGACCAAUGAAAUCGUGGGAAAGAUCAAUGAAAGAAUGAUGUCACAUGUGCAAGGCGAUGUUGUCGAAUAUUUGUCAGUAGAUAUUGUCAUGGACAGUGAACAGGUGACGUCUUAUCCUACCGAGUUUCUAAACUCUUUAGAGCUGUCAGGAGUGCCGUCUCAUAAGCUGAGACUGAAAGUUGGGGUUCCAGUUUUAUUAAUGAGAAAUCUCGAAGCGCCGAGACUAUGCAACGGGACUCGAUUGCAAAUUACGCAGCUAGGACGCAAUAUUAUUGGAGCAAUUAUAAUGACAGGUAUAGCUUAA